AUGGCAAAGAGCGCCGACUUCGGGGUCUCAAACAUCACAAUCACUAAAGAGAGGCAACAAUGGGUAGACUUCACGGAUCCGUUGCUUAACUAUAGUGUCAGCGCUUUGAUACACAAAUCGCACGCAAAACACAUCAAGACAUUCAACCAAUUGGCAGAUCAGACGCCAAUCACUUACGGGUCGCUAAGGAAUGGGUCGACAAUGAAACUGUUUGACACGUCCGACGAGAUGGUCAUCCGUCGGAUGUACGCCCUUAUGAACAGCGCUGGUGUGCCGGUGGACGACCUCCGGGAGGCCGUGCGUCGGGUCCGACACGAGCGGUACGCCUACAUCGACGACACGAUGACCGUCCAGACGCUGGCCAGAGGUAACUGCGAUCUGACGGUCAUUGCCGACAAUCGGCCACAUUUUCAGCGCCGAAUUGCCAUCGCUUUGCCUAAAGGCUCAAACAAUUUACCCAUUUUUAAUCGUGUGAUCAAACAAUUGACCGAAAGAGACAUUAUCCCUGAAAUUGCCCAAAAGUAUUGGGGAGUUGUCUGCGUUCACGGCAAGAGUUAUGCCUCAACACCAAACACGUGGUUAAUUCAAUUGAUAUGUGUAGUGAUGUUCGCAAAGUAUUUGUUAUUUAAAUAA